ACCAAGAAGAGCAAUCCAAAGCAAAGUGAGCUCUAGAAAAUAGAAGAGUUUUGUGAGUGCUUUGGGUGAGGGUGAGCAAGAGCAGAGUGGUUAAAAUUACUUUGCUGAGUGUUUUUUGAGUGUGUCUCGCAUUCAAAAAUACCUGGGUUAACCAGAAUCUCAAGCAAUUUGUUCCAACAAAUUGGUAUUAGAGCUACGACGGUGGUUAGUGCUUGAGAAAUUAGUUUAAUCGUGAUGGCAUCCGGAGCCAAGUACAAGAUUGAGAAAUUUAAUGGUGGCAAAAAUUUCAACUUAUGGAGGUUGAAGAUACGGGCCAUGCUAGUACAGCAGGGGCUGUGGAAAGCACUAGAAAGGGAAGCCAGGCUGUUGCAAACUCUACCAGAGGAAGAGAAGAUAGACUUGAAGGAGCAAGCGCUGAGUGCAAUUCAGCUCUCACUUUCUCAUGAAGUCUUGGGGGAGGUUGCAGAAGAAAAUUCAGCUUCUGCAUUAUGGUCGAAGCUGGAAGCCCUUUACUUAACCAAAUCAGUCACUAACCGAUUGUAUAUGAAAAAACGGUUGUUCACCCUUAGUAUGAAUGAAGGUGGUUCCAUCAAAGAUCAUCUUGAUGAAUUCAACAAGCUCAUUUUAGACUUGAAGAAUAUCGAUAGAUCAACUCUCUAUGGAAGAUGUCAAAGCGGCCCUGAAUUCAAGAGAAUUGAAAAAGAAGGAAAGUCUCGAUCCAAAUCGAGAGCCAAGCAUGCUCAAUGUUACGAGUGCAAUGAGACAGGACAUUUUAAGAAAAAUUGUCCCAAGCUCAAGGAGAAGAAAGUUGAAAAAUCCGGUGAUGCCAACAGUUGUAGUGAUAAUUUAGAUGAUGGAGAUUGUGUUCUAUCUGUCUCUACAAACUCCUCCGGUGAGGAAUGGAUUUUAGAUUCGGGUUGCUCAUUCCAUGUAUGCCCACGACGUGACCAGUUUGAAACAUAUAAACCAGCCACUGGCACGGUGGUUCUUGGUGAUGAUACAACAUUGCCUAUUGUUGGAAUUGACAACAUCCAAAUCAAGAUGUAUGAUGGGAUGGUCAGAACAUUCGAGGUUCGUCAUGUGCCGGGUUUGAAGAAAAAUCUCAUUUCCAUGAGUGAGCUUGACUCCAAGGGCUGCCGAUACUCUUGUACAGGUGGAGUUCUCAAAGUCUCUAAUGGAGCUCUCGUAAUAUUGAAGGGGAAGAAAGUUGGUGGUCUUUAUCACUUACAAGAAAGCACAAUCAAUGGGACAUGUGCUGUGUCAACUUCAAGCAGUCCAGAUAGAGAUGUAACUCGGUUAUGGCAUAUGCGACUUGGGCAUAUGAGUGAAAGAAGGAUGAUGGAGCUGAGCAAGCGGGGUCUUCUGUGUGGCCAGAAAAUUGGCAAGCUAGACUUCUAUGAGCACUACUUGUGGGGUCCCUCCCUUAUUGCAUCAAAAGGUGGAGCUGUGUAUAUGUUGACCUUCAUUGAUGAUUAUUCAAGAAAGGUGUGGGUAUACACCUUAAAGAGUAAGAGUGAUGUAUUCCUCACCUUUAAGCAAUGGAAGACGCUGAUUGAGAAGCAGACUGGAAAACAAAUCAAGUGUCUAAGAACAGAUAAUAGUCUUGAGCACUACAGUGGUGAGUUUGAUACUUUUUGCAAGAAUAAUGGAAUUAUGAGACAUCGCACUGUCAAGAUGACACCACAGCAAAACGAAGCUGUCAAUCAUGCUAGCUAUCUUGUAAAUCGGUCUCCAUCCACAACAAUUGGAUUAAAGACUCCAGAAGAAUUAUGGUCAGGUUCUCCUGUUGAUUAUUCACAGUUGAGGAUAUUUGGUUGUCUUGUGUAUGCUCAUGUUAGGGGUGGUAAACUUGAGCCAAGGGUAGUGAAGUGCGUAUUUCUAGGGUGCACUUCCGGGAUAAAAGGCUAUAGACUGUGGUGUGUUCAGAAGUCACCUCGGUUCCUCAUUAGCAGAGAUGUAACCUUUGAUGAGUCUACUAUGCUCCAAAGAGCAAAAGAGGAGUCAACAAUUGCAAAGCCAGACCAUGGAGUUAGCAAGCAGGUGGAGUUUGAAGCAACAACUCCAGAAAAGGCAGUGCGAGGUGACAACAUUGUCCAAGAGAAUCUAGAUGUGGUGCAAGAUCCAGAGCUAACAGAUACUCCAAUGGAGGUGGAGGCACCUGAACAAACACAACAACAGUAUAAUAUUGCUACUGAGGAGAUUGAGUCUCUACAUAAGAACCAGACAUGGAAGCUUGUGAUGCCACCAAAGGGACAAAGAAUUGUUGGAUGCAAAUGGGUCUUCAAGAGAAAAGAAGGAAUCCCAAGGGUAGAGACACCCAGAUUCAAGGCCAAAUUGGUUGCGAAGGGUUUCACACAACAAGAAGGUAUUGAUUUCCAUGAGGUAUUCUCUCAUGUGGUGAAACACAGCUCUAUCCAUGUUUUGCUUGCCAUAGUGACUUUAUAUGAACUUGAGUUAGAGCAGCUUGAUGUAAAGACUGCUUUCUUGCAUGGUGAGUUGAAGGAACAGAUUUAUAUGUCUCAGCCAGAAGGGUUCAUAGUCUUAGGAAAAGAAGAUCAUGUUUGUUUGCUCCAGAAAUCCUUAUAUGGAUUGAAGCAAUCGCCUCGGCAGUGGUACAAACGAUUUGACAACUUCAUGGUUAAGAGUAGAUUCACUCAGAGCAACUAUGAUAGUUGUGUAUAUCAUAAAAAGCUUAGAGAUGGUUCUUGGGUUUACUUGUUGUUGUAUGUUGAUGACAUGCUUAUUGCUGCCAAAAGCAUGUUAAUCAUUAAUGAUUUGAACAAGCAGCUUAGUGGUGAGUUCAAGAUGAAAGACUUGGGUACAGUUAAGAAGAUCUUAGGAAUGGAGAUUCACAGGGACUGCAAGGGAGAAAUGGUGGAGGGCAAGCUAUGUGAAGAAGAUCUGGUACCUCAUAUCUACAAUUGCAAUGCUAUUUGUAUUUCCAAGCAUCCAAAUGGCAGGGCUUUACUCGGUUCGCCUUCAAAUUCAUGCAUUUGCAUAUUUCCCUGCGAUGGUAUAGCCACAGCUACCCAAGAGCAGGAGAAGGUCCUAUGUAAUGUUGAAUUACUAAGUUCAUGCACUCAAAGGUGCGACAUUGUACAAAUAUACAUUCUAAUGAUCAUGGACUUUGCGUUAGUGAUGGAACAACCUUAACUCUACGAUGAAUUUGUAGAUUUAAUUGUUACAAACAUCUUUAGUGAUAGAAUAAAUUACUUCGAUGAAAAUAAUAAGCUUUUUUUUUUUGCCAUUAUAUAAAAGAGUAAGGAUUUAUAUAUAUAUUAUAGUUAUAUAAAAUCUUAAUUUUUUA